CACACAUACACACAUUUGUGUUUAUUUUUGAUCAUUAUUUAAAUAAAUUAGUGUCAAUUUUAUUUAUUGAAUAUUUUAAGUAAUGCAAUAUCAUGCCAGAAAUGCGGGAGUGGCGUAAUUGGAAUUAGCUUGACUAUAAAGAUAAGAGAGUAACUUCAGAAACCAGAGUAGUAGUAACAAAUUUUAUAUUAUCUGUAAUUCAAAUUUCCGAUUAUGAUAUUUAUUGUUAACUUUAUAGCAGUUAUCAAGUUACUUGAUGAGGAAAAAAUCAAAAUGUUCGAAGUUGUAUCCGUCUUUUGUUCGUUACAUUUGCAACCUAUUUAAAAAUUUUUUUCCUGUUAAAUAUCGAAUAUCAUACACAUGUUUCAGUCAUUUAAAAGAAUAUAUUUAAUUUGCAUUCAUUCUAAUGUGAAGUACGUACUUCAUUUUUGUCCUUCGGAUUAUAACUACAGCAUUAAACUGCGACAGGAAAUGGCCAAAGUGCUGUUCGCGUAGUUGACGGAGAGUAUCACGUGAUCUUCAUAGAAUUCUUCGAACUGUUUAGUGGGUUUCUGACCGUUACAAACUUACAACAGUGCUUACAUUCCAUGUACUGUAAUACGUUCUUGUAAUUUGAAUCUUUUCAGCUCGUUUCAUAUAACUAUUUCAUUCUUUUGUUUCUAAGAGGAUUUAGAAAAAAAUGUUAAACGCUAAUUUCAAAAUCCUGCGUCGAGAGGACAGCUGAUUUUUGACACCAGGGCAGAUGAUUUCGAAGAGAAGUGUUGUGAUAUCACAUUAUUUCUUGCGGUAAUCUAUAUCACGUAAAACGAUGAUAUCUACAUUGUCUGCAAAGAGAGAGUUGUUCUUUCGUCAGGAUGGGCAACCAGUUUCUACUAGUAUUACAUCUAAUACAACUACAACAACUACAAGCACAACGAAUUCGGUGACGUUAAAAGAAUCUAUAUUCAAUAAAGAAAAAGAAAUUGUAAAAGACAUGUCACAUUCAAAGGAAUCAGAUGGUUAUGUUGGUUUUGCCAAUCUCCCAAAUCAAGUCUAUCGUAAAGCAGUCAAAAGAGGAUUUGAGUUUACAUUAAUGGUUGUAGGUGAAUCUGGACUAGGAAAGUCAACUCUCAUCAAUUCUGUAUUUUUGACAGACAUAUAUUCCAAUGAAUAUCCAGGACCUUCACAUCGCAUUAAAAAAACUGUUCAGAUUGAAACAACAAAGGUGCUGCUUAAGGAAAAUGGUGUAAAUUUACUUCUAACUGUUGUGGACACUCCAGGUUUUGGAGAUGCUGUUGAUAAUUCUAAAUGUUGGCAACCUAUAGUUGAUUUUAUAGAGAGUAAAUGUGAAGAAUACCUUAAUGCAGAAUCUAGAGUUAACAGAACAACUAUUCCUGAUACUCGUGUUCACUGUUGCCUUUAUUUCAUUGCACCUUCUGGGCAUGGACUCAAGCCUUUAGAUAUUGAAUUUAUGAAACAGUUACAUGAUAAAGUUAAUAUUAUUCCACUUAUUGCAAAAGCAGAUACGUUAACACCUGAAGAAUGUUCUUUUUUUAAAAGAACAAUUUUAAAUGAAAUUGCUCAAAAUAAAAUAAAGGUGUAUGAAUUCCCAGAAUGUGACGAUGAAGAAGAAAACAAAGUACAAAAACUAUUAAAGGAACGUAUGCCAUUUGCUGUAGUUGGAAGUAAUACACUAGUUGAUGUAAACGGUAAACAAGUAAGAGGAAGGAAAUAUCCUUGGGGUGUAGCUGAAGUGGAAAAUCCAGAUCAUUGUGACUUCAUUGCUUUAAGGAAUAUGUUAAUCAGGACCCAUAUGCAGGAUCUAAAAGAUGUAACAAGUAACGUUCACUAUGAAAAUUAUAGAUGCAGGAAAUUAGCUGGUAUUGGUGCUGAUGGUAAUCCCAAAAUGACAAAUAAAAAUCCAUUUACUCAAAUGGAAGAAGAAAAACUUGAACAUGAAGCAGAAAUGAAAUCUACAGAGAAAGAAACGGAAAAGGUGUUUGAAAUGAAAGUUCAAGAAAAGCUUCAAAAACUUAAAGAUUCUGAAAAUGAUCUUAACCACAGACACGAACAAAUGAAGAAGAAUUUAGAACAGCAAAGACAAGAAUUAGAAGAAAAGAGAAGAGCUUAUGAAAAAGAGAAAGCUGCAUUUGAAUUGGCAAACAAAGAUAUGGAAGAUGUUAUGCGAAGGAUGACGCUUGAUUCUAAUUCAAAAGAGUCGAAAAAAGAAAAUAGCAACAGUCAUUCCAGAAGAACACAUUUCAAGCAAAAAGCUCUUAAAGCUCGUUCAUGCCAGCAAAUGUAAUCAUUAAAUUUAAUCCCAGAGGAGAAAACAUUUAAAGAAUAAAAUAUUUUAAAGGCAUUUAUUUGCAAACUACAAGUUACAAAUUUCAUUUAAUACCAAACAGUAUUAAUGAAUUUUCUUCUUAUUAAGUAUUUUGUACUUAAGAUAUAGUGUGAUUUUAUAGGUGCCAUAAGUAUAAUUUAGAUAUGGAUUUUCCUAAUGACAAAUUUUGUUAUAAUAUCAGUUUAAUGAUAGGUGCAAAUACCAAGAUUUGAUCAUGUACUGUACAUUCCAAUAAUA